AUGGUCACAGCUCCGGCCGACUCCUGGCAUGUGGGAAUGCAAUUCAACUCCAUGAAAGAGGCCCGCGAUGCGCUGGUGCGACAUACCCUCGACCUGCACGCCUCGUUUCGGGUGGAGAAGGCCAAUUCGGAAAAGUACUUCACCGCGUGUCGCAGCGGAUCCGACUGUCCGUAUAAGGUCCGCAUGUAUACGAGUCGGAAGACCGGCCUCGUGCGCAUUCAGACGUAUGAACCCCUGCACACUUGCAGUUCCGAUACGCAUGACAACUGGAGACCGCCGGGGCCGACGGCGCCGGAAGCUGAAGGGUCGUCGCCAGUGCAGCCUAAAUGUUCAGAACAAGUCAGAAAUGGUAGUAUAGAUAUCUCUUCAUAUACCCCACACGAAAGGAAUUAA